UAUUGUUGCUGUCAGCUGAGUUGAUUAUCGAGCAAUGGUGGUGUUAUGACCUAGGAAAAUAAAUCGAAUUCAUUGCGAUUUAUUGCUGUGUUAUUUCACUUUAGCUCAACAAAUAUAUUGCUGGAUGAAACUUUAGUCAUUGGGGUCCUUGGACAGUUUAAUAUCAAGACAUGGAUUGGAGUGUAAUUGUGUGAUAUCUGGAAUCUGUGUUCCCUCCAUGGACUUUACCUACUGUGAGCAAUAGUUUUGGAUUGUUUUUAUUCCAUAUCCUGUUUUAUUUUUAUUCACAAUGUUAUAUGUGUUCCACGUUGAUGCCGGUCAGAUGACCACCUAUGAUAUGAGUCUGACUUUGCAGACAGUGGCAACUUUAAAAGCUGCUAUUGAAAGAAAGACAAAGACACCAUCAAGUUCCCUGGUGCUCCUCGUAAGUGGUGGUGAGGUGCUGCAUCCAGACCAUAUGGUGUCAUCGUACAGUGCUGGCACAGAUACAAAUCCCAUUUACAUGUUCAGCAAGCCAUCGGUCAAGGAAAGCCAUCUAAAGCAAUCUAUGUGCAGCGAUUUAAGUCCCAUAUUGGAGUUAGAGUCCGGUGAAUUCCGGAGCGGAGAUCGGACCUUCGAUGGGAAGUCUGUUGCUGAUCUCAAAGCAAGUGUGGAGAAAUGCUGCUCCAUGGCGCCCACUGUCAGUACUGUGAUAUCCUGUGCGACGUUAGCGCAGAAGUUCAGUGACCUCGCACACGAGUUGUCAAGGAGCUGUGAACAAUUGGUGCAUGAACAACAUUUGCAGCAUCAAGGCUGGGCGGCAGUAGUGGCGAAUCUAGAAGACAUAUUCAACGAAUUUUGUGAUCGAUCAAGAAAUUUCAAAGAGUCGUUCAAAAAGCAUCGAGCAAAAAAGGAGGAAUACCAUGAACAACUGAAUGCACUCAACGAAGUAUUAGAAGCUCUAGGCAAAAUACCGAUAUUGCCAGCGUUGCAGGUCAACGCUGAAGCACAUCGGUUCUCUGGCUUCGAUGUCUUUGAGGAGACGGACUUCGAAGGCAACCUAUAUAGGGUCAGCCAUCCACUGGACAACAGCUCGGAGACAAAGCGCUGUCAGGACUUUGGAGUGGAGGCUUUCAAGCUCUCAGAGGAAGAUGUGUUCGAACAAAAAGCCCCUCCAACAAACAAGGACGUAGCCGAGAUGCAAGCAGACGACCGGCCGAUCGAGGAGUCAGAUGAGGGAAUCAGGUUCGGCCCCUACUCCUCAUACGAGAGUAAGGAGGAGUUGACUCUCCUCCACUGGAUCUUGGCGCAGGGCAACAAGGCCUCCUUGCAGGAUAUACUCGAUUACUGCCAGAAAGGACUAACUUUAAUCGACACGGAGCCGCUGAAAGAGCGGGAGGAAGAGUUAUGCCAUAUUUUAGAAUACGCGAACUUACACGGGCUGAAGCAAAUCAAAGGGAUAGAGGACCGGUUGUACGGGCUCGAUCAGCUGCUCAACGACGUUAGAAAGAGAGAGAAGGAUCAGCAUGAUCAGGCUGCCUCACUCAUACAGUACCGCGAACGUCUAAACACAGCGUGCGACCCAUCCGUGCUGCCGACGCUGGUGCAGUCGCACCGCUGCCAGCUGGAGAAGCUGCUCAAAGGCCACCAGGCCAUCGUCGACAUCCGCCGGAGAAUCACCAAGUCCAAAGACGAACUGUCAUAUAUACUCAAGUCUAGAUUAGAGGCGGUGCUAAUGAUCGAGAACUCGAUGUCCGUGCAAGAUGCGCACGCGAUGCUGUCGUUCCAGUGCUUCAACCGCCUCGCGCGCUACUUCGGGAUCGUCGCGCAGCUGCACCGCGCGCCCGCCGUCUUCGUGCACGCGGUGCACGAAGUUGCACGACGACGGACGUUCUCCGAAGCUCAUCUCAAGUGGGCAGCCGAUCUCGCAUCGAAGCUGUUAAAAAUCCACGAAGAAGAGAUAUCCCGACGGCAAGAGUUCAACAAACUCUUUGAAGGUCAUUUCCUCAAAAGCUUGUUCCCGGGUAUGACAGACUUACCCCCUCCGUUCGCGACGCAAGCGCCCUCUGUGUUCGACGCGAAGUUGCCCAAGUUGACGGAAACGGAUGUAGAAUUCAUAUCAAAUUCCUUCCCUCAGUUGACAGAAGAAGUGCCCAAGUAUGAUAUGGAAGCGACCGUCAAAUUUUUUCAACAGAGGCUUAGUACUGGUGAUGAAGAGAACAAGGAUGAAAUUGCUCAAACGGACACGGAAGCGGAAACAGAAUCGAAAGCGGUCGAUAUCGAUCCACCGCGGCCACCCAUCCAAACGGUGGACACUUCAAUGACUUGCGUUCCCGUGACGGCGGCGGCCACCACUCUCACGGAGGUGCGCUUGACAGUUAUACGCGAGGAGCUCGAACCCACGACACUCGAAUCCACGUCAGUGGAACAUAAGACAGUGGAACACGAGUUUGAGCCCGCACAGUUUUACAUCGAGGAGUCGCUGCCCUCGAGCCUGGAGUGGGGCCGGCUCGGACAGGACAACAUGGACACGCAUAAAAUAAAUAUAGAAAAACUGCAGGAAUUCCUAAUAAAUUUAUGUGGAUUAUGUAGAACUAACAUUCUGUUUAUAAGGGGAGAACUGGCCAAUUUAAAAAACGAAAUAGACGAGCAAAAGAAAUUUGUAAAGGGAAAAUAUUUAGAAAUUUUAGAGGCAUGGAACAAGAGCAACGAAGAGGCAGCUAUAAGGUUUCGUGAACACACUCAAAGAAUGACAGUUGAUCACGAGUUAGAACUUAGUGAUAUGAAGGCUGCUAUGAAAGAGAAAGAAGAUAUCAUAGACUCUAUUAAGAGUGAAAAGGAAGAUCUAAAAUUAGAACAUCAAAUGGAUAUAGAAAAGUUAAAUAAAGAACAUCAAGAGACAAAGGAUCUUUUGGAAAAGACUCGACAAGAAAUGAAAGAGCUUGAAAAGAAAUUGGCAGAGUACGAUGCGAAUAAACAAGUAGAAAUUAAAGAGUUACAGGAGAAGAUGCAUUUGGAUUAUAAGGCAGAGAUUGAGUCCUUGCGAUCCAGGUUCCGCCUAGUAGCGAUCACGAAUAUGGACAGGUCACCAUCAGAAUCGAGUUUAGAAAAGAUCGAGCGAACCGACGUGAUCGAAAUCGCGAGUCACAACGCGAUCGUGAUGCAGACCAAAGAGAAUGCGGAGGUGGAGAAGGAGGAAGCGAUCAAAAAAACUGCAGCAGUAUACGAGGCGUAUUGGAAGGCCAAGGCCGAGGAGGAAAUUACUGCGUUCAAAACCAAAGUGGAGAAUGAGAAACAGGCGGCCAAUGAAAACACUCGUCGCCUGAUAGCCGAGAAGGACCGUCAGAUUAACGAGUUGAACAACUGCGAGAGGACACUGAUGCUGCAGUGCCACAAGUACAAAGAAACGAUACAACAGCUCACUGACCCCGAGACCAACGACUAUGAUGCACUGCUCAAGACACAGUUAGCGUCACUUGAGAAUGACAAGGCCGUGUUGCAGCAACAAUUAGCAGAUUUGAAAAAGGAGUUAGAGAAGAGAGACGAAGCGGAGAAGAGCAGAGGAAGUGAUAGCGAGCGCAGAUCGUCGCCAGCGACGGAGGAGCGUCCGCUGUCCCGCUGCCACACGCCGGUGGGGCUGGCGUGCGGCACGCUGAGCCUGGCGGCGUGUAUGCCCGGACACACCGUGCUCAUCAUGUGGGACCCCGCGCACCACAACUACACUGUGCUGCAGGAAGCGCCAAUAAUGUAUUUCGUAUACAGCGACUGCCUACCUGCACUGGAUCUUAGUCUCAACGUGAAGAAGGAAUCUGACCGCAAGUUGUAUGCUGUAGCCACGGUGGAGUCUAAGGAAUAUUGCUAUGCUAAGAGGAAUAUGAACCGCUACAAUAUGCCGUGCGGGUCUCGUUUCUACAGAGUACACGUGAAGCCGCUGCGCGCGCAGCCGCCGCCAUCUUGCUGUAACCACAAACACAAACCUGAUACUAUGAAGAGCAGCAUACUCUCCGUGUUCGGCGAUAAACGACCGCUCAAGAAAUGGUUGACCUACAUGCAUGCCCCAGAUUUGCAAAAGUCGGUUGACACGAGUCAAUCGACUGGUUCCACGACAGACGACGCCGCAAAGAGCACAGAAGUCGCGACCGCGACUCUCAUCAACUUGGAGUCACCCAAGUCGCCUGUUGAGCCGAGUCAGUCCAGUGUUAGUGCUGUUACGGUUCCAACUUCUGAAGAUCAGUUAGACUCGAUUGAGACUAACGAUCCUGAUUGGUCAGCUAGGAUGCAAGCAUCUACCGCUAGUGCGAUGACGGACAUGGAAUGCAGCGUGGGACGCUGCCUGGGCCCGGAGCCGGUGGAGCUCCGAGUGGCGGCGGGGGCGGGGGCGGGGGCUGGAGCGGGGGCGGCGGCGGGCGCCGAGCUGGCGGAGGAGGCCGCGCCCUGACGCCGCCCGCACUAGUGCCGGCAUGUAAGCCAACACUAUUCUUAUGUCACUGCGUCUCGUCCCGCGGCACCGAGGUCUUAAGCCUAAUUUUCAUAACUAGUAGCAUGAAAGUUUCGUGAUCGAACGUACGAAAUUAUUUUCAAGCCCCUAGUUCCGCAGUGAAAAUCAGACAUUACCGUUCUUAUGAUUCGUGUGUUCGAUGUGUGCGGCGAGGUUAGCUCCCGAUGCGGCUAUCUUGUCGACGUCUUCCACGACUAUCGCGACUCUGAUGGUCUCCGUUCAAUCUCAUCCCUCCUCGAUCGAUGAGUUUCUCUAUGAAUUUCAUGUCUUUGUGAUCAUAUUAUGCUGAAGUCUUAAGAAUAUCUUUUAUUACUCGAUUCCUCUUUAUUUUUAGGCUAGAUAUUAUUUUCUUAUGAAGUUUGGAGUUUGAUUCGAAUUAUUUCGUUCGACGGUGAUUUCUUCUCAAUAGUACAAAUUUGUAUAGUCGUAAAGCUUUAUCUAUUGUUCGCCGCGGAUAUUCGUAUUUACCAUUUUAUUUUUAUUUUUUACCUAUACGUGUUGUGUUACUAGUAGUAAUCGGAUUUAUUUAGUAUCCCAGCAUACAAUUUGGAAUGUUAUAUUUUUCUAUGAGUAUAGUGAUAUAGGUUAUCGCAGCACAAAGUAGGUGUGCGUAAUCAAAUGUUUUUUGAAAGCGAUUUACUCACUGGCGCCCCCAUCUAUACAAAUUAUUUACUUUAAAUGGAAAAUCAAGCGAAUACGUAUUGCGACUAUGUCUAACUAUUCAUUAAAAUAUACUUUUUUUUAUUAUGAAAAAAAAUUAAAUCUUAGAUGUAUGUUUCUUCCAUGCUGGUCCAGGUCGAAAACAAAUCUCUAAAUAUUUGACACAAAACAGUGUCUUUAAACCAACUGCAAGUCAUGUGCAGGAUGGAAAUGAUUACAAACUUGAAUUAAUUCAUGUUUAUUAAGUUUUCUAUUGUAGUCAUGUCUUAAAUGAAUGAUUUUGAUUGGGGGCGCCACUGUAUAUUUGACAAGAUCGUAUAUCCACUAGAAAACAUUGCCGCAAAAUAUCGCUUUUUCUCGUUCUGUACAAUUUACAUAAGCGAGAACGAUUUGCCAUUUCAUUUAAGUCAAAAGAAAUGAGUGAGAUACCAUGUUGAGCGUCAGUGUUGGCUAUUGGAUACGCGGCUUUACAGAAGAGUAAAGUAUGGUGUUCGCAGAUAUUAGAUGUCUAUUUAGAAAUAGAAACUUCAUCCCUAAGAUUCUCUUUACCUAUAAAUCUAUUUGAAUCCUAAGUCAUAUUAAUUGCUUAAUGGGACAGUCGGUCCCACAUUAGGAUUUCCUUAAAGUCGGUAGGCUUCUGCGAACGAUAACGCUUAUAACCUCGAUCUCGAUUUUACUUGAACUCUUCGACUUCUAUAGAUAGUAUUUACAACUAAUUUCAAACCUUAGCUAUAGAACGUUUGAACUAAUGUGUUAUGUAGACAUUAUAUUAAAGACACGGGUUAUUCAGACAAUUUUUUUUUCUGCAUUCUCAGAAUGUGUGUUUUCUUGUGCCCUUAGAACAUUUGUGACGUCAUAGAUAUUUUAUUUAUAUAUCAUCAUUUUUGUUGUCUUGUUGUUAAAAAAAUAAUCAUAUACACGAAAGAUUACCUAAAGUAAGAUGAUUAAGACGUGUCUUUAUAUAAUUAGCUAUAAAACUUUAGUAAUUUAACACUUUAAAGCUAAUCAACAUGCUUAUCCGUCUUAUUUUGUAUCUACCACAUAAACAUCACACGGAAAGUUGUAGAUUUUAAUAAUAAGAAAAGCACAGACACUCGCGUCCGUAAUUAUUUUGGCGGUUCUAAUGUUAGUAGUUUGGUCGAAGCGCAAAUUGUGUUGUAAAAUAUGGGGCAUCGCUUCGUGUAAAAUUUGUUUGUGGCCUUAAAGUGGCGCCCUCUAUGGGGCUACGUCGUGUGCAGAUGUGUACUGCGACUGUGAUACACCGUGCUGUGCUCCCUCCUCCCAGAAUAAAUAAUGGUAGCCGAUGGUUUUACCAGUACAGAACUCGCUAUUGUAAUCUUAAUUAAUAUUUAGGCCUAUAUUUAAGAAAAUCAGCGAUUAUAAGUUUAAGCUCGUUUUGUACUAAUAAAACUGGUCGCUUGAUCCAGCAGCGUUUGUAUUUAUUUUACUGUUUUCUUAUGUCAUUGUAAUAAACAGAGGUUUGGAAGGAUUUCAUAUUAAAAAAAGUUUCUUUUUGCAAAAUAUGGUGUUCCGAUUGAACGACUUAUUUGCUAAAUGGGUUGAAAAUACUGAAUCGUUUUUAGUGUUUAAACGCCUGUCUAUUGCAGUGGAUCCGUGAAUUUGUUGCAUAACUUGUGGAUCUGUUAAUUUAUUAAUGGUACAGAAUUACUGUAGUAAGAAUUUACAGCUAAAAUAUUGUUACUGUACAUAGUUGUUUGCGGAUGAUAUAGCGAACUCGCUAAUUUAAUUAUAGGUUUUCACGGAAUCAGGGAACUGAAAAUAUUACUUUGGAUAAAAAUUGCUAUGUGUAAUUAAGGUCUUUUAUAUUUGGUACAGUUUUGUCUUGUCUCUGCUGCGAAUAAUAGCAGAAGUGAACAUUAUGUGAAGGCUAGUUCUUUUUAUCAGGAAUGUGGCCAAUAUAAAUAUGUGCUUUGCGGUCAAAGGUAUUCAUCGUUAAAUUUUGAUCAUCGUGUCAUGUUACUGUGUCAUACGAAACGUUUUCGAAUGUUUUGCGAUUUGUAAAUUGCAUAAUAAAUCUUAUUGUGUGAUUGCUUAAUGGACUAUUUUGUAGUGACCAAUUUUAUCGUUAGAAAAUAAAAAUAAAAAUGUAAAAUUGACAAUUUUAAUGUAAUUUUUAUAUACAAUAAAUAGACGAUUUUAUACAAA